GUUAGUGUGACGACCCUAUUUUCACCACAGAUUGCCUUUAGAACUUAAAAAUGAAAACUAAUAUGCCAGAGUUGCCAUCAGAUUUAGAUUUAUUUAAGAUUCCGAUAAAAAAUAUGACUGAAGUCUCCAUGUUUAUACUGGUGGGCUUCACAGAUGAUUGUGAGCUGCAGGUUUUCCUAUUUUUACUAUUUCUAGCAAUCUAUCUUUUUACUCUGAUAGGAAAUUUGGGACUGGUUAUAUUGGUUAUUGUGGAUUCUCGGCUCCACAACCCUAUGUACUAUUUUCUGAGUGUGUUAUCGUUCUUGGAUGCCUGCUAUUCCUCAGUUGUCACCCCAAAAAUGUUAGUCAGUUUCUUGUCAGAGGAUAAAACCAUUUCGUAUCUUGGAUGUGCAGCCCAGAUGUUUCUCUUUGUUACUUUUGGGACCACAGAAUGCUUCCUCUUGGCCGCAAUGGCAUAUGAUCGCUACGUAGCAAUCUACAACCCCCUCCUGUAUUCAGUGCGCAUGGCACCCAGGGUCUAUGUGCCACUCAUCACUGCUUCCUAUGUUGGUGGCAUCUUGCAUGCUUCUGUGCACACAGUGGCCACAUUUAGCCUGUCCUUCUGUGAGUCCAAUCAAAUUAAACAUGUCUUUUGUGACAUCCCUCCUCUCCUCGCUCUUUCUUGCUCUGACACUCACUCAAACCAGCUUCUACUCUUCUACUUCGUGGGCUCUAUUGAGACAGUCACUAUCCUGAUUGUCCUGAUCUCCUAUGGCUUCAUUCUGCUGGCCAUCCUGAGGAUGCAUUCUGCCGAAGGGAGAAGGAAAGCCUUUUCUACGUGUGGCUCUCACCUAACUGGAGUGUCCAUUUACCAUGGAACCAUCCUCUUCAUGUACGUGAGACCGAGUUCCAGCUACUCCUUGGACCAUGACAUGAUAGCAUCGACUUUUUAUACCAUUGUAAUUCCCAUGCUGAAUCCCAUCAUUUAUAGUUUAAGGAACAAAGAUGUCAAAGAGGUGAUGAAGAGAGUGUUUGGAGGAAAAAUCGUUUGUCACUAA